AUGGACGGCUCUUCUGGUUGGCUCCCCGAGUCCACACAGUUUGACGCCUUCACACUCGAAGAGUUGCCCUCGUCGGACAACUGGAGCUGGCCGGCCUUCCUGUCGGCCCUGUUCGACGACGACGCGGCGGUGACGAGCAACGCGACAGUCCUCGUCAAGUCGCCCAAGUUCCUCGAGAAGCUCAUGAAGAUCCUGCAGACCAGCUCCAAGAGCACGCUGCUGAACUACCUGGGCUACCGGGUGAUGUGCGCGCUGGCCGUGUUCCUGCCCAGCAAGGCGCACUUCCUGGCCAAGCUGCACUGGGACCGCCGCUACGGCUACGGGGAGCUGCCUGAGCGCUGGCGAGUCUGCCUGCGCACCGUCGACGCCGUCAUGCGCCUCACCACCCACGCGCUGCACUUCGAGAACUACGUCAAAAAGAACUCGCAGAACUUCAGGAACCACUUGUCCAAAUUCGGCGGCGUGGUAUCCGCCCUCACGAGCUUUUUCAAAGACUACUCCAAGUCGCAUAUGGACGACUACGCCCUGUGCAACUACAGACUUGGAAAGCUUCGUUUGGAGAGUUUUGCGCCGAACAUCUCCAAAGCCCUAAACCUGGACGCCACCAUCUACGACUCCAUUCCACUGGUGGAGGACGGCAACGCUCUGGAAGGUUACUACGUCGCCCGGUCCCACGUGAGCCGAUCGUCCUGGGACGCGGCCAUCAGCGGCGCUGGGGACCUCGGCUGGAAGCGAUCAGUGUUCGACCUAGCCUGCACCUACAACCCCACAGUCAACAGUUUUGAACUUCCCCUGAGCCUCUUCCACGAGCCGUUCUUUUAUAACGAUGACACUCUUCCCUUCGACGAUCCUCGAGUAACAUUCCGGAUUGGGAGAGAACUUGCCAAAGUUUGUCCGCAAAAUGGCAUUGUGUACGAUCCGGACCGCGACCACGCCGUUUGGCAAGAGCCCCCGGGCAAUGCCAGCAUUGCUGACGACGCCAAAUGCCUCAUCGAACAGUACUCCAACAUCACGGUUCCUGAGCUGAACAUGACGAUGGAUGGCAUGUCAACUCUACCGGAGAACAUUCUGGACAACAUCGUUCUGCCUCCUUUGUACGAGGCGUACAGAGAGGCCCACUCCAGUUCCCUGAAGGAGCACACCAUCCAUCACAUCGACGGCACCGCCUUCAACCAGGUCUUCUUCCUCUCGUACGCUCUGGGCCUUUGCGAGAACAUGGACAAGGGGGCCCUGCGCGAUCUUCUGCUCGAAGGGAGGAGCAGUCCUGCCAAGUACCGAGUGAACGUUCCGCUCCAGAACUUCAACAAGUUCGGAAAAAUAUUCGGCUGCCCGCCAGGCACGUCCAUGAACCCUCUUCGCAAGUGCACCGUUUGGAUGAAGCACGACUGAAGAUGCUUCACGGUCCACUAUAGGUGUCGUCCAUCCCAGCUGUGGCUGGCAAUACGAGAGCGUAACGAAUAAAUAC